GCUUUCUCUGAUGCCAGUGUGGUAAUCCGAGGGAAAACAAGACUUUUUGUUUCUACGUGGCAAACUUUUCUUUAGAAUCAUUUUGAUUCCUGCAUGGUUUUUUGUGCGAUAAUCCACGCUAAUAAAGAUAAUGGACAAACUGGAGUCCGUGAAGGCAAGACUCUGUAAGUGGCUUUCAAAGGACCCUGAUUUUAUCCUCACCAAGUGUGGGAAUAUUUUACUCAUGAACGAGUCUCUGGAGGUACAAAAGCGAAGCAAUGCAUUAGAAAAGAUGGAAGUGCUUUUGAGUACAAUAAUAAAAAAGGGAGACGAUACCUGUCAAACCUUCUUAGACAUCCUGGAGGAGAAUCAAGCGCACUACCAGCAACUGAAGCAGCUUUUCAACCCUGCACCUCAAAAGUCAGCUGCACCAACUGUGCACGCUGACAGUUGCAGUGUUGUUACCAUGAGAGAGAUAACAGAUGUAAAAUCAGAAACCCUCAACGUGGAGAUUAAAACGGAGAUGGAUCCACAGAGUUGGACAACUGGAGCUGCUGUUGGACCAGUUCCCCAAAGAGAUUACACUGCUCUUAAUGGCAGUGUAAUCUGUGCUGACAAAAUAUCUGGUGUCAAUUGUGAUGUUCUAAACUUUUCAGUGUCUGUGAAAUCAGUGAAUACAAAUAGACAAGACACUGCCACCCCAUCAGUAGACGAGACACUGCCAUCCCAUCAGGGCCCGGCUACCAAAAUGAUUAUUUCUAACAAGUUGAGACUCAUUGCCUGCCUGAGUGCGGAUCCAUCCUUCAUUUUGCAGAAUUUGCAACAAAAGAAAAUUCUCUCAAAUAGACAAUAUGGGAAUUUGAAAGAUCUCUCACAGCGAGAGGAAACCGUCAUAAAGCUCAUCGACCAAGUGAUUAGCAAUGGUGAAAAGUCCUGCUCUCUUUUUCUUGAAGUUCUCAAACAGCCUGAUAUUCUUGAGACUUAUCCGAAUCUCAACGAAAUCAAAUGGUGAUUAGCAGAAGUGGAAACAAUGUAUUAACAGUUAAGGUGAACAAGACAUGGGUGAUAUGAUGUUAUCUUGUCUUGUAUAUUUCGUUGUUAACUGUUAUUUUUUGUGAUGAAAAGUACAUAUUUGAAAUACAUCCUUUUCACAUAGUAAGGAUAACACCCAAUACUGUUUGCAUUUUAGGGGUUUUAGCUUACAAUUGGAAAAGGUUUUGGUAUUUGAAAUGUCCCCUAUUAUACUAUUUUUCAACAAUAUUGUAUAGAUCCUUAGAUAUAAUAAUAAUAAUAUUGGGAGGGAUGAAACCCUCUUUAAUGGUCACACAUGCAGAGCACACAGUGACAUUUGUUCUCUGCUUUUAACCCAUCCUAGUACCUGGAGUCUAGUACUAGGAGCAGUGGGCAGCUAUUGUAUUUGUAUAUAUACAAAACAUGUCUCUGAAGUGUUUUGUUCAAAAUCCCUAAGAGAUCAUGCAUUGUAGCAUGCCAUACACCCAUCAGAAUCAGCCAUUUAUUUUUGCUUUAGGAGGAGAUUCAUGUGAUAAGGUGGGCGGUUGUUACCAUGGUUGGUUAUUGGCCAGUGGAUGCACGACCCAAAAAACUAAUCAUGGCAUCAUAAAGUGGCCAAAAUCGGAUUGUAUUUAUGUAUAAUAUACAUGAAAAAGUGAAUACGGCAUAAUUGGUGACCCUUAAGGUAAAAUCACUAUUUGCAAUAGCUUCCUGAUGAGGAGCCAAUAGCUGUCAUUCACACUGGGGAUCCUGGGGAUAUUUAAAUGUGUGUGUAUAUUAAACCUGAUAAAAAAGCUUGCACCAAUAUCUGUCAUCUGUCAUUAGGAGAAAACAAAUUAAAAAGGAAAUGUAGAUACUGGAUAUUCCUGAAUAAAUUGACUAGUAAUAU